CUCAGUGCCGGGGCCUGGGUGAGCGCGGGUGCGAGAGCACAGAACCCACGGGCACCAUGCGCACCUCAAGGCUCUACACGUUGGUCCUGGUGCUGCAGCCUCAGCGAGCCCUCCUGGGCAUGAAGAAACGAGGCUUCGGGGCCGGCCGGUGCGACGGCUUUGGGGGCAAAGUUCAAGAAGGAGAGACCAUCGAGGACGGGGCCAAGCGGGAGCUGCAGGAGGAGAGCGGGCUGACCGUGGACAGGCUGCACAAGGUGGGCCAGACCACGUUUGAGUUCACGGGAGACCCCGAGCUGAUGGACGUGCACGUCUUCUGCACGGACAGCGUCCAGGGCACGCCUGUGGAGAGCGACGAGAUGCGCCCGCAGUGGUUCCGGCUGGACCAGAUCCCCUUCAGGGACAUGUGGCCGGACGACUGCUACUGGUUCCCGCUGCUGCUUCAGAGGAAGUAGUUCCGCGGCUACUUCAGGUUCCAGGGGCAGAACACCAUCCUGGACUACACACUCCGUGAGGUGGACGCCGUCUAGGGCGGCGCCGGCUCGCCCCCUCAGACCCCGAGACCCCUGCCUGGCCAUGCCCUGGCCUCCAGUCUGUCUGGAGCAGGGCUGGAUGGAAACGCAAAUAAAACUUUUUUGACA